AUGGUAGCCACCAGCACAAAUGAGGUUCCAGGCAUAGCAAAUUAUGACAGAAAAAGUGAAGUAAAAACUUUUGAUGACACAAAGGAAGGUGUUAAGGGCCUUGUUGAUGCUGGGAUAACCCAGGUUCCAAGAAUUUUUCAUCUACCAGUAGAUCAGUAUCCCAUCAACAGCACUUGUGAUUCAGAACCCACCAAAACCCAGCUCAGAAUUCCAGUCAUAGACCUGGAAGGCCUUGAAUAUGAUAAUAAUCCAACCAAACGCAAGGAGAUUGUUGCCAAAGUUGGAGAGGCAUCAGAGACUUGGGGCUUUUUCCAAAUUGCCAAUCAUGAAUAUGGAAACUUGAAGUAUUGA